AUGGAAAUAAUCAUCGAGAAUAAUCACUCGGAGCGACGCCUUCGACUCGACAACACACCACUUAAUUGUGCUAUUGAAAAACACGGUCGAAAGCGAAGUGUUCAUCAAAUGAUUAGAGACAGGAUCGAUGAAAUCACGCGGAGUCUCGUUGUUUGCGAUGAAACGUUGAGGAGAAUGAUGGCAUCGCUUGAGGCGGCUUUUAACAAAGGACUUGCUACGGAGACUGCAUCAAGUGCCUCAGUCCGGAUGCUACCAUCUUAUGUUCGAUCGGUUCCGAAUGGCACCGAAGAGGGAGAUUUUCUCGCUUUGGAUCUCGGUGGCACUAACUUCAGGGUUCUCUUGAUCCAGAUCCACAAUCGAGAAGCAAAAAUGACGAGCAAGAUCUUCCGUGUGCCCGACCACGUGAUGAAAGGAAGCGGAGAAGCGCUUUUCGACCACAUUGCCUCCUGUAUGGCUCAAUUUAUGGAGGAACACGGACUGAAGAACACGAAAUGCCUCCCGCUUGGAUUCACUUUCUCAUUUCCCUGCAAGCAAGAAGGAUUGACGAAAGCGCGAUUGAUCAAUUGGACAAAGGGAUUCAAUGCAUCGGGUGUCGAGAACGAGGAUGUGGUGGAUUUAUUGAGAAGAGCUUGUCAUCGAAGAGGAGAUAUCGACAUUGAUGUGGUGGCUGUUUUGAAUGAUACCACCGGAACAUUGAUGGCUUGCGCUUUCAAGGAGAAUUCUUGCCAGGUUGGAGUGAUUGUCGGGACCGGAACAAACGCUUGCUAUAUGGAAAAAUUGACGAGGUGCGGAAAAUUGGAAACGGAACUCGAUCCCACAGAUGGACUACCGGAUGAGAUGUGUAUCAAUACGGAAUGGGGAGCGUUUGGCGAUCAUGGAGAGAUGGAGUCGCUGAGAACGGAAUUCGACGUCGAAGUUGAUCAAGCAAGCAUCAAUCCGGGACGACAAUUAUUCGAAAAGAUGAUCUCCGGGAUGUAUCUGGGAGAAAUCGUGCGAGUGGUUCUGGCUCGAUUGGCCCGUGAAGGACUUCUUUUUGGAGGAGACACAGACGCGAUCUCGAAGAAAGGAGGAUUUCCCACGAAAUAUGUCUCCGAGAUUGAGAGUGAACUUUUGGAAGACGAGGAACGAACAUUUUCGAAGACAUUCCAAAUUCUCGAGGAUCUCGGUAUUGAAGGCGUUUCACAACUCGAUUGCAUUCAUGUGGCCACUGUUUGCACACUCGUUUCCACAAGAGCAGCUCACCUGACAGCGGCCGGAAUUGCGGCGAUUCUUAAUCGAAUGCAAAAACCCUACGUGACGGUGGGCGUCGACGGAAGUGUGUACAGGUUCCAUCCGACUUUCCCGCGGUUGCUCGACGAGAAAAUCGAUCAACUUAUCGAUGGCAAUUUGGAGUAUCAAUUGAUGCUUUCCGAGGACGGUUCGGGUCGAGGCGCAGCCCUUGUCGCAGCGGUGGCAACGAGGAUGAAAAACGAGAGAUCCCAGCUUGCCAAG